GACGUACAUUUUCAUAGCAGGCGGUUCAGAGACAGUAUUCAAAAUAUACAUAUAUAUAGACAUAUAUAUAUAUUUCUGAUUUUAAAUAAUAAGUAAAGUGAAAAACAAAAUAACGAAAUGUUGCGCUUAGUAGCUGCAGUGCUUAUAUACGGUUUUAUUGCAACUGUUGCCGGCGCCGAACAUGAUGUGCUGGAACUCGGUGACGACAAUUUCGUAUCCACUUUGAAGCAGCAUGAGACGACAUUGGUUAUGUUCUAUGCACCCUGGUGCGGACACUGCAAGCGCUUAAAGCCCGAAUAUGCCAAAGCGGCUGAGCUAGUUAAGGAUGACGAUCCCCCAAUCAAAUUGGCCAAGGUUGAUUGUACCGAAGCUGGCAAGGAGAUUUGUAAUAAAUUCUCGGUCAGCGGAUAUCCCACGCUGAAAAUUUUCCGCCAGGAUGAGGUGUCGCAGGAUUACAAUGGACCACGCGAGGCCAAUGGCAUUGCCAAGUACAUGCGCGCCCAGGUGGGACCCGCCUCCAAGCAGGUGCGCAGCAUUGAGGAGCUCGCUAAAUUCCUGGACACCAAGGAUACCACAAUCUUUGGAUACUUUAAGGAUAUUGACUCUCAAUUGGCUAAGACCUUCCUGAAGUUUGCCGACAAGAACCGCGAGAAAUAUCGCUUUGGACACAGCGACAACGAGGCCGUGCUGAAGCAACAAGGCGAAACAGAUAAGAUUGUGCUGAUACGUGCCCCACACUUGAGCAACAAAUUCGAGUCUUCCACUAUUAAGUUUGAGGGCAGCUCUGAGUCCGAUCUGAGCACUUUCAUAAAGGACAAUUUCCAUGGCUUGGUUGGUCAUCGCACCCAGGACACAUCGCGCGAUUUCCAGAAUCCUCUGAUCACUGCUUACUAUAGCGUUGAUUACCAGAAGAACCCCAAGGGCACCAAUUACUGGCGCAAUCGUGUGCUUAAGGUAGCCAAGGAGUUUGUCGGCCAGAUAAACUUUGCCAUCAGUUCCAAGGAUGAUUUCCAGCAUGAAUUGAACGAGUAUGGUUACGAUUUUGUUGGUGACAAGCCCGUCAUUUUGGCUCGCGACGCCAAGAAUCUCAAGUAUGCGUUGAAGGAGGAGUUCUCCGUGGACAGUCUGAAAGACUUUGUUGAGAAGUUGCUGGACAAUGAGCUGGAGCCGUACAUCAAGAGUGAACCGAUUCCAGAAUCCAACGAUACGCCUGUUAAGGUUGCCGUGGCCAAGAACUUUGAUGAGGUGGUUAUUAACAAUGGCAAGGAUACGCUGGUCGAGUUCUAUGCCCCCUGGUGCGGUCACUGCAAAAAACUGACCCCUAUUUACGAGGAGCUGGCUGAGAAGCUGCAGAACGAAGAGGUGGCCAUUGUCAAAAUGGAUGCCACUGCCAACGAUGUACCGCCAGAGUUCAAUGUGCGCGGUUUCCCCACGCUCUUCUGGCUGCCAAAGGAUUCGAAGAACAAGCCCGUCAGUUACAAUGGCGGUCGCGAAAUCGAUGAUUUUAUCAAGUACAUUGCCAAGGAGGCGACCACAGAACUGAAGGGCUACGACCGCAGCGGCAAGCCCAAGAAGACCGAGCUGUAGACGCCAACUCGCCGUCUGCGUACAUCUAAAUUAGCGUGUAACUCAAGUAGCAUUUCCAUAUUUUUGUAAAAUCGAAUGCAUUCUCAGCCAACAGCCAACCGCAAAAGCAACAAAAAAAAACACAUGUGUAUUAAAUUAUUUAAUAGUGUGAUGAUUUCUUGAAAUUCAAUUAAUACUGUCAAUAAACGUAAUAAC